CCGCCGUCCGGACGGCGGUUCCGGUCAGGAAUUCUUGACCGGAAGAGUACUAGGCAAUAAUAUAAUAGCUAAUGUUUAUAGCUUACAUCUGAUUUCUAUGCUUUGGUGGUGCCUCCUCUCCAGGUUCUACGCAUCAGAAGUGGUUGCAGCUCGGCUGCAUAGCCACGCUGAAACUCGGCUGCAUAGCUCCGGCGGUUUCGUGCUUCCACCAGAGCCGGAAGCGCAAAGGAAAGGGCAGACGACGCAAGCACUCGGUGCUCGAGAUGGUGGCGGAGCCGAUAGACAUCCGGUCGAUGUCGUUCGUCGGAACUCACGAGUACCUGGCGCCGGAGGUCGUGUCGGGAGAAGGCCACGGCAGCGCGGUGGAUUGGUGGACGCUCGGGGUAUUCAUUUUCGAGAUGUUUUACGGCACGACGCCGUUUAAGGGGGCUGAUCACGAACAUACUCUGGCUAACAUUUUGGCUCGGGCGUUGGAAUUUCCGAAGGAGCCUGCCAUUCCCGCCGCCGCGAAGGAUCUGAUAACGAGAUUACUGGCAAAGGAUUCGGCGAGGAGGUUGGGGUCUCAGAGGGGAGCCACGGCGGUGAAGCAUCAUGCCUUCUUCUACGGGGUGAAUUGGGUGCUCUUGAGGCGUGAAACGCCGCCGUUUGUCCCUCAGCCUAUAAAUCCAAGUGAUUUUUCAAAUGCAACUUGUUCAGACAUCCCGGUGGAGUAUUACUGAUUGAUUCUUGCCAAACAGAAAAUCUCUUCUUAAUCUUGACUUGUUUUUCAAGUUUAUUCUUCGAAGGAAAAUUAAUGAUUUAAAUUUGUCUAGUUUACGUUACAAUCAUAUCUCAAAGCAUAGGCUAGUUAGGUAUUCAAGAUGUAAAACAUUGUCAACUUUUUUUUAAAGAUGUCUC